AUGCACAUAAAAGAGUCGCGCAAUUUUACGGGUAAAGUAGUGCUGACCACCGGUUCGAGCACUGGUAUAGGCGAGGGUAUUGUCAAACUGUUCUCCAUAUUGGGGGCCAGUGUUGUGAUCACCGGCAGGAAUGAGACGCAGAUCGCAAAAGUGGCUCAAGAAGUGCAACGAUUGUCUCCGUAUAAACUAAAGCCAUUAGAAGUUGUGGUGGAUUUGAUUAAAACUGAUGAAUUGACAGCACUUUUUAAUAAAACAAUCAAAACAUAUGGAAAAGCAGCCCUACAGCUCAUACAACUGGCAGUCCCUUAUCUGCGGGCCUCAAAUGGAUCCAUAAUUAGCACAUCCAGUAUUGCCUCACAAUUACCCGGUGUAGACCCAUUGGCAUACGGGGCUUCCAAAGCAGCCCUUGAAUUUGCAACUAAAUCACUGGCCGUACAUCCGGGAUAUAUACUAACCGAUGGUCUAAAAAGGUUCAUAAAUCCUGAAUUGUUGGCCAAAGCGGCAAAACUGAUACCAUUGAAACGUAUUGGCCAACCCCUAGAUGUGGCCAAAGCCGUAGCAUUUCUGGCCUCAACCGACGCUCAGUUUAUUACCGGCGCUAAUCUGGUCAUUGACGGCGGCAUUGUCUAUAUGUUGUGA